AUGCCCUGGCAGCCGCUGCCUCUGUCGUAUGCGGUUGCCAUAUAUCCUUUUCAGCCGACAUCGUCUCCCUCAGAACUCCCUCUUCAAAUUGGAGACCAAUUAUAUGUCAUCGAGGAAGGAGGCAAAGAUGGCGCUUGGUGUCGAGGUUAUUUGGUUGCGCCGCCCACCUUGCUGUCGGCUUUGAGCCCUGGAGUCCGGACCGCCGCCGACGCCCGUGUCUUUUCUGGCAUCUUUCCGAAGUGUUGUAUCGAAAUUCGAGAACAACUUGGUCCAGGUGUCGAAUUUCUCGCCCAGCCGGGCCAGCCAAGGCCCCCAGCUCCAGUGCCCAUGCUCAAAAUUGGCGAUGAGUCUCCGACGUCAAGCACUGAGCCAUUGGUGGAUGAAAUCACCUCCUGUUUGCGGGAAUGGUAUAUUCUGCAUCUCCCCGAGCUGGUCCUGCGGCGAGAGUAUCAUGUUCUAGACCAAAUGUCGGACAUCACCACACGGCUCGAUUAUGCCAGGCGGGAAUUAUUGAACGAUGUUCUCACCACUCAGGAGAGGCUGCAAGUCCGCAGGGAGGCAGUCUGGGACCUAGUGCGAGGCAAUAAAAUGCUCAGCGGCGAGGUCAUUGUCCGUGACCCUGCUCGACAAGGUAGACUAUUGACUUCGCAGGACUCGGCCAUAGAGCUGGCAAAAUUACAGUCCGUUAUGAGUGUUUUGGAUUCCACCCCCUCUGAAAAGUCCAAAGCAACAUCGCUCCAUCAUUGUCUCCUCGAGGCCACGUCAGUUGCUGGUUCUGACCUGGACACGGCAACGCUGAGUCUGACUCUGUAUUUAAAGGAUGCAGACGGCUACCUCAAGCCCUUUUCGGAGACGUACAGCUCUGUCGCAAGUUCUAAAAUGAAAACACUUCUGACGGAUCUAAGCACUCGCGACGUGGGGACUGAUGAUCGGUUAUUCCUUAUUGUCAAAGUUGUGAUUCCAGAACCUCCUCGGAAGACCAAAAAAAGAGCAGCAGAAAGACCGCCGUCAAGGAAUGGGACCCUACUUGGCCAACGGCAGCUAUCUCUGAACAGGCGGAGAUCCAGCUUGAUGUUUGGGAGACGACGGAAUGCAGAGCGACCUCAGCCUGGCCAAAAUGGGAGAACAACCCCCCAUUUCCAGGAAAGAGCAUCAACUCCGUCGACAAUUGAAGAAGAGGAAGAUGGCCAGAGCAAGCCUGUCGGGCCACCUGUUCCUCGGACCAUUGGAGUGGGAGUUUUGGACAUUGCAGACAUCAUCAGAGGCGGCCAGCCACGAGAAGAGAUGGUCCCUAUAUGGUCUGCAUCGCAGCGGGACGAUGAAAAGACCGGGCAAUCCAGCGCUGUAGCAGCGCAGCUCCUUGACAAUCCCGGAAAGGCUCUUGUUCUGUCCACACCAAUCUCCAGCGUCACUUUCAGCCUGACUCCUCAUGCUGCGCCCGAGGCAGACACCCUGAUCAAAAACACGCCCACGUCAAUGCAUAUGAUCACCAAAACCCAGAAGUUGGGCUUCUCAGAGGCACCGUCCAAACCACGGUCAGACAUCUAUCUAACCUUGAGCAAAGCAGUGAUAACCCAAGGCUCCUAUCUGUCUCACCCGGAGGUGAACGUUGUGCCAGUAAAAGCGCACUCACUGCAGAACCUGCAACUGACUAUGGAGGUACGCGACAAUACUGGACGACGUGUGGAGCAUUGUAUAUUUCCAUCUUCAAAUGGUGCGGGAGUUACUGCCUUCCGAACGAAUGCCGUUGAGCUCGACCAUAAGUGGGAUCAAACAUUAUGUUUGCGAGUGCCAACCGAAAAGGUACCAGAAAGCCACUUGGUCCUGAGUAUUGCGGAUGCUCCAGAGUUCCCUUUUGCCCUGGCUUGGUUGCCUCUGUGGGACAAGCAGGCCUUCAUUUCCGAUGGCAAGCACUCGCUGAUCCUACACGCUUACGAUAAAAUCACGUCCAGCAUCGUCCAAGGCCGCGGUGCGUAUUUGUCCCUGCCCUGGAACAACGCCAACUAUAAGACCAUCCAUGAGGGUUCCUUGGUUACAAUUGCCUCCCUUGAAGUCUAUACACUCCUCUGCAGCACGGAAUAUUCGCAGGACCGAACCCUGGUCAGCCUCAUCAAUUGGAAACAUCAGACGUCGGUCCAAUUGUUGGAUAUCCUACAGAAACUCACUUUUGUCCCGGAAAUUGAAAUCGUCAAGCAGCUUCGGGAGGUCUUGGACGCGUUGUUCGGAGUCCUCGUGCACAAGUCGGGGGAGUCCAAGUUCGAGGACUUGAUAUUCAACGAUAUUGUUUGGGUUCUUGGAAUUGUCCACGACCGACGGUUUAACCUUGGUCCUCUGAUUGAACAGUACACUGAGAACCACUUUCGCUUCCCCUAUGCUGCAUCUUGCCUGAUUCGCAGUUUCACCAGACUUCUGCAAAGCGUUUCGGAUCCCCAAAGCGCCCGUGAUAUGAGAGCAUUGUUCAAGGUCGGCAAAAAUUUCAUGAGGAUCCUGAUCGUGUCCUACCAACAGCGACGCUUUGGGUCGCAACUCAAAGACAACGAUGAGAAGCACUCUACCUUCAAGGAAGACAUGCAAGCAAUCCUCUUCGGACUGCAGAUGAUGAUGCGCAGUGAAACUCCGGCUCUGGUUGGGAGCAAAACUCUUCUUGUACAGAAAUUCCACGACUGGCUUCCAGAACUGCUGCCAGCCUUCAGCAAAGAAGAAGUGAUCAAAGUGGCGGUUGACUUCAUUGACGCAUGCGACGCAGCCUCCGGGAAAUUGCUUUUGUACAGAAUCGUUCUAAUCUUGAACUACACCAAGCUGGAUCAAAUCUGGGUGGAUGAGAAAGACCGGAACCUGCUGGUAAAGAACUGCGUCAGGUGGCUUUUGCCGUACUGGACUCCAAACAACCGGUCAGACAAUUGGCACGAUCAAGUCCGAUUGUGCUGCUCGGUCGUCGCUGAGCUCACACGAUUUCCGACUCCUCACCUGCACGACUUCAUGCCGAAACUCAUCUCUGCUUACAACACCAUUGCGGAUGGACCGCCAGCGAGACGACGGUCCUUGUCUCUCCUUUUCUCAGAUUCCUAUCCGUUCAUCAGUAAACCAUCCGAAAACAAUGAUCCGUUUGACGAGGCGCUACUAGAACUCUCGUCUCUCAUCUCUACAAUUGUAAAGUUGAAGCUCGCACCAAACCCCAAACUUCAAGGACAGGAUCUCACCGAGUACAUUAUCUCCACCCUCAUGGUGCUACGAUCUCUCCUCAAGAAUGACGCGUUUCCGUCGUCGUGGCUCAGUCUGCACAUCUACCACCACUCAUCCGCCCUAACGACCUUGAACCACCUCUCGUCCCUCCUCAUCUCUUCAUACCUCCCUACACCAGAGGAUGCAGAUAGCUUCGACAUGCAACUGUGGAAAACCUUCCUCGAUACUCUCCUCAAGCUCGUCUCGUCUCCUGCUCUAACACUCGAGCUCUUUCCCGAACAAAAACGCCGCGCUGUGUGGAAAAUUGCAGGUGACGUGCGCCAAUAUGGAGCCGACCUGUUACGCAAAGCUUGGGAGAGUUUAGGUUGGGAAGCUACCGCCGACGACCAGCGACGAUACAAUAUCCGCAGACUAGGAGGCUAUCAAGUGCAAUACGUGCCCAGCCUGGUGGCACCCACCAUCAGUCUUUGUCUGAGUAUGCACGAGGGCCUGCGCAAGGUUGCGGUUGAGGUACUGCAAACCAUGAUUGUGAGUGAAUGGGCAUUAAGCGAAGACCUCGAGUUGAUUGAGACCGAAAUAAUCGGUGCCCUCAACUCAAUUCUGAAAGCGAAACCGGUGACGGCGAACGAAGCUGUCAGUCGAAAAAUAUUCAUUGCGGAGUUGCUAGAAUUAUUCUCCACGAUUGCGAACCAGCCAGAUGAUGCAUUGUGGACAGCGCUCGAAGAGUUGGUGGGCACCAUUGAAGAGUUGGUCGAUCUACUCACCAGCACUGAUCCAGAGGAGGAACAGUAUUUGAGGAGUUCUUCCACAGCCGCAUCGAACCACAACGGGCUUGCGCACAAUGACCAUCAACGGACCAGCAGCAAGGAUGCAGACUCUCAAACUUCGGAGGCCAAAGAGCUUGCUCGUGCGAGGAGAAGCAUUGAUGGCCUGUCGCCAUCGUCUCAGCAGCAGCGACACCAACACGGCCGCGACCGAGAGUACGGCGUGCACGCGCUGGAAUGUUACAAGCAGCUCGCCGAAGAGUACGAGAGGAAUGGCGAUUAUAAGAGGUUGGCCAAGACACAUCGGGCGAUUGCAAGAAUCCACGAGGCGAGGGCGGCUAAUCGGUUCGGUGGGAGGGAGGCGAACGUGAACGGGUCACGGAUGGGGACGAGGGACGAGGACGGGGAGGAGGACGCGUUGUAA